AUGGUGACCCUCAUCGGCAUCAUAUCGACGGUCGUCGUCGUCCUGAUCUACGAUUGCAUUUUUCUGAGAUGGCGUGAACGGCGCCGGCUUGGCCCACCAUCUUCAUCACGUGAAGAAAGGAGUAGGUUAGGGAAUUCUAUUAUACAAAUGAUCCCAGCGUAUAAGUACCGGAAAGAGGCGCAGAUCAACGGUUGUGAAAGCGAAUGUGCGGUGUGCUUGUGCGAGUUCGAGGAGGGGGACGAGGUACGCCUGCUGCCUGAGUGCUUGCACUCUUUUCAUGCGCCUUGUAUCGAUAUGUGGCUCUUCUCGCAUUCCAACUGUCCGCUCUGCCGGACCCAUUUGGUUCCUCCACCCAUUCUACAGCCAGUGGUUGCACCAGAAUCCGGUGGUUUGCGGAAUUUGGUUGCGUAG